CUUUACAGGUACAUAUUAUCUUUUUGUUGUUUUUAUGACCACGUGUACAAUGAAUUUUCAGUCAUUAGAUCAACCUAUCCAAGACUUAAUUAAUGCAGCAGUGAAGGCCAAAGACAAUGCAUACUGUCCAUACAGUGAUUUUCAUGUGGGUUCAGCUGUUUUAACAGAAGAUGGACACAUAUUUUCAGGCGCUAAUGUAGAAAAUGCAUCAUAUGGUUUGAGUAUCUGUGCUGAGAGAGUCGCCAUUUGUAAAGCUAUUUCCGAGGGGAAAAAAAAUAUAAAAGCAAUAGCAGUAAAUUGUGAUGUGAAGAAUGAGUUUAAAGGAUCGUGUGGAGCCUGCAGACAGUUUUUUGUAGAGUUCAACAUGAAGAUGGAUAUAUACAUGGUAAAGCCUGACCUAACAGUAAAGAGAGUAACAGCAGAAGAACUGCUCCCUAUGUCUUUCAAUCCAAAGUCUCUUCAAGAAGAAAGAAUUCCUUAAUAUAUUUAUCAGAUGGCAGAAAAAAUUCGUAUUAAAAACUGUACUUUUAUAAAAUUCAAUAAAUAAUAUUUUGUCAGUUG